UGACAGACACGGUAGAUAUCCACAUUUCCCUGAACGCGAACGCAUUGUGGUGUUCCUUGGCGAAGUUUACGAACAAUAUUUAAAACACUCUAUGAACCCGGCGUCUUAUCGGAAGUACAAGUAAACGCGAAACGGUGGAAGGUUUUUGUUUCCAACUUCUUAAUUUAGACUGGCAGCGUUCUGCAGAGCAGACGACUCAUCGAAGUAGUGGGCGAGAUUUGUAACAGUGCUUGCUGCGCAUGUGUCAGACAGCUGCUGUUUACACCAUUUUACUCAAUUGUUCCUACUCUCAGUUCACAAGAGGAGAGAGAAACUGUGAGAAAAGUAACUUAAAGCCACCGCUAGACUCGACAUUGUAGUCAAAAACCGUUGUGGUUAGAGGAUAAAGUUUGUCUUUUUAAAAAAAAAAAUUAAAAAAAUGAACGGGCAGCAGACGCCACCUUCAGUGUGUCAGAACUCAAAAAAGACGUCAAAUUCAAAGUUUGCGAAAAGAAAGCAAAAACGUGGUAAGCGAACCAGAUCCGAUGGCUUCGUUCUGGGACGGGAGUUUACCAAUUCCUCGGACGAAGAAGGCCCGGAUGGGUCGAAACACGAAGCAGACUCCCUCCAGUUCUUGAUGCUGGUUCGAAACCCGACUAUUCAGAAUCUGGCCAAACUUCGCAAAACCAUCAAAUCCAACGACCGGGACUGGAUGAAGGAGUUUUUGGAAUUCGAUGGAUUGGGAUUGUUGUUCCAGUGUUUGAAGAAUCUGAGUAGUUAUCAGGGUGCCCAUCUGUCGGACAUGGUUCUCAGGAUGGAGUGUGUCAUGUGUAUUCGAGAGGUGGUUAAUUCACAGACGGGACUAGACUGUCUUCUCAACAUAAAGGACAGAAAGGAUAACUUGUUUGGACGCAGAUUUGCAUCUGCUCUGGAAACCAAUAACGUAAUGGUUAAGAUGCAGAUAUUCGAGUUGCUGUCUGCUUUGUGUGUUUAUUCACGUGACGGCUUCUAUUUGACACUUGACGCUCUGGAAAAAUACAAGACAUGGCAGAAGCUGCACUAUCGAUUCAGCCUCCUGGUGAACGAGCUGAAGCGGUCCGACCUCACUACCUACAAAACAACCGUCAUGGCCUUCAUCAACUCCAUCAUUUUUGCAAACGAGAAUAUUCGAGAUCGAACGAGAAUACGAAACGAUUUUAUCGCCCUAAAUAUUUUUGAAGUCAUUCACACCAUUCGGGAUGACCAGGAUGAAAAUUUGCACGUGCAGUGUGACGUGUUUGAGGAUGAACUUAGCGCAGACGCAGACGCGUUAGAAGAAAUGAACAGUACCUCCGUUGAUCUCACAAAACACGAAGAUCUAUUUAAAGCCAUAUAUAAAAAGGUUUGUGAUACUCCAACAGGUGCUUCCUUUCUGGGGAUACUCUACAGUCUGUAUCAGAUUGAACCGAGCACUACACAGUGCGAAUCUACGUGGAUUGCAAUAGAAAGAUAUACUCAGCAGGCUGUGGAAAACAUCGCUAAGGCAGACACUCUGAUCUCAAAUUCUGCUAAAUGUGACAAGGAGGUCCAAACAGACGAGUCCAUAACUUCACCAAAACGUCUUUCACGCCACAGUGCUAUAUUGGACGAAGGAGUCAAGACUAAUGCAAAUACAGACGUACCAUCUCCCCCACCCCCACCACCCCCUCCACCACCACCGCCGGGAUCAGGACUCCUUUCACCUCCUCCACCACCACCUCCACCUCCACCUCCAGGCAUGCCCCCACCACCCCCAUCACCAGGCAUUCCCCCACCACCUCCACCUCCAGGCAUUCCCCCACCACCUCCUCUCUCUCCUCUCCCAGGUGUGCCUCCACCUCUCCCCCCACUUUCGCCCGGAAUGUCACUGAAUCAUGUCAGACAGGGACUCGCUCCCGUUAUGGCGGGAAUUCAGCUGGAAGGGAUAAAGACGCCAGCACCCAGUUGCAAAAUGAAGCAUUUUGUCUGGAACAAGAUCCAACCUCAGAGUGUGCUUAGAAAUAGUGUAUGGGAAGAUGUUUUGAAGAUGAAAGAUGAUGUCAAAGUCGAAUAUGACAAGCUUGAAGAAAUGUUUGCCCAGAAAACUUCAACAAUUACAGAAGUGCCCCAGGAUGAAAAGGUUUUGAGACGACAGUCAACUAGUUCUGAGAUCACACUGCUGGACCCGAAGAGGAGUAUGAACAUCAACAUCUUCCUCAAACAGUUCCGCAAGACCAAUGAGCAGAUUAUUGAGAUUAUCAAAAAGUGUGACUCCAGAUCAUUUGGGGUGGAAAAACUGAGAGGAUUAUUAAAAAUAAUGCCACAACAAGAUGAGAUUGACUUGAUUCAACAUUUUGACGGUGAUGUCAGCCGACUGGGAAACGCGGAGAAGUUUUUCUACCAUCUGUUCCAGAUCCCACUGUACAAGGUGCGUGUGGAGGGGAUGCUGCUGAGGGGGGACUUCAACUCCCAGCUGGGCUCCAUCCGCCCCAACAUCCAGCUGCUUAACUCCAUCUGCAGGACCCUCAUGGACAACAAAGCACUGAAGAGUUUCCUCAGAUAUGUGUUGCACUGUGGGAACUUCCUUAAUGAGGGUAGUAAUGCUGGAAACUGCCUGGCAUUCAGAAUCAGUUCGCUGAACAAGAUGGUGAUGAUGAAGUCGAACACCCCGAGGAUGACGUUGCUGCACCACGUGGUGGAGACGAUGGAACUGAAGAACAAGAACGCUCUCUGCUUCGUGGAAGACCUGCUGGAGCCCCUGCAGAAAGCCUCCAGAUUCAGUCUGGACAACAUUAAGGCAGAAUUCAAACAGGUGAAGAGCAAUGUAGAGAAGUUAAAAAAUCAGCUCCAAAAUGCUGAGAGUGAAGUUACAGACAAGUUCAAUGAUUUUCUCGAGGAAGCUGAUACUGAUAUUGGUGAUGUAGAAGAGGCCAUUGAGAGACUUGCAAAGUUAACUCAGCGACUGGCUCAACACUUUUGUGAGAAUGAACAGAACUUCCGACUCAAUGAAUUCCUAGAUUCUUUCCGGGAGUUUUGUGAAAGAGUGAAGGCUUGCCAACAGGAACUAGAAUCACGAAAACAGCAGGCAGAAAAGGCAGAGAAAAGAAGAAAAACUCAGGAAGAAUUGGCAGAGAGAAGAAGAAGUUCGAAUCGAGAUACAGUAAUAGAAGACAAGAAAAUUGUGGACAAUCUCGUCAAUGAAAUCAAAAGAGGAAAAGUUCUCCGUAGACUCUCAUUGAAAAGAAAGACAAAUCUGGCAGUCAAAGAGAUGGAAAACAGUCGGUUAUAGUACCUACAUGUAUUGUCCACAGGCCCAUUUCUGUCAAGGAAAAGACAACUCUAGCUAAAAUGGAAAAAAGUCAAUUAUUACUUUCAUGUCAGGGCAUUUUACCUUUUAUGGUUGAGAUAAAAUUUUCACAAAAUACAAGGAAACUAUUAAGGCAAAAUAAUCAAAUAUAAUAUCCCUAUAAAUGUUCAUGUUUGCAUACAUGCAAUUAAUUGUCAGUAUUAACUAGAAAUGUGUUCAUGGGAUACAAUUCCACAUUUUUGUAUAAUCUGAUAUAUGGACGGAUCUUAUGUGACCCCCUUUAAUUUGGAGGGACAUAAACAAUAUAUAUAUUUUUAAUAUUACCCGGCACAUUGUUUGUCAUUGGCAUGUAAAUUAUGUGAUAUAUAUAUCUGGGCCACUUUCCACAAAGCUAUCUUAGCACUAAGAUCACCUUAAGUGCAUAAGAUAGUUAUGCACUUAAGGCAGUCUUAGUGCUAAGUUCACUUUGUGGAAUGUGGCCCUGGACCCUGUUUUACUAAGUGAUCUUAAAACUAAAAUCACCUUAAAUGCAUAUGGCAUUUAGGCACGUAAGUUAUUUUAGCACUAAGAUCGCUACAUAACAGAGCCCUGAACUAAGAGUCUGGGAGAAGGAACUUACAGCUGCUUUUAAUGUUUAAUUUCUCAUGAACAUUUUAAUGACCACUGAUAUAUAUAUAUGCAUAUAAUCUACAUACCGGACAUUGUCUAUAUAUAUUACAUUGGAGAAAUUGGUUAAAAAAUUCAGUGAAUAAACUGAGUCUAUCAAUGAAUCAGUCCACCAUUUGACUCGUGCUUACAUCCACUGAAGGUUCAAGCACGACUGUCCUGGGCACAUUCUCUGAGAGGGAUCAGUCCUAUACGUAUAUGACAUGUUUCAUGUCAGACAUAUCUUACCACUGAGCUAUAAACCUUACUCAACAUCAGCAAUUAUCUCAGAGACAGACAACCUGUGACUUGGCCUUGUAUGCUGACUGAUGAUCAUACUUAUAAAACUAUAAAGGAAGGAAAUGUUUUAUUUAACGACGCACUCAACACAUUUUAUUUACAGUUAUAUGGCUGUAGCAUAGUGCAGAAUGGCAUAUAGUCAUGUGGUUAAAUAUGGAUCACUUUCAGAUUCAGACAACCUGUGACUUGGCCUUGUAUGCUGACUGAUGAUCAUACUUAUAAAACUAUAAAGGAAGGAAAUGUUUUAUUUAACGACGCACUCAACACAUUUUAUUUACAGUUAUAUGGCUGUAGCAUAGUGCAGAAUGGCAUAUAGUCAUGUGGUUAAAUAUGGAUCACUUUCAGAUUCAGACAACCUGUGACUUGGCCUUGUAUGCUGACUGAUGAUCAUACUUAUAAAACUAUAAAGGAAGGAAAUGUUUUAUUUAACGACGCACUCAACACAUUUUAUUUACAGUUAUAUGGCUGUAGCAUAGUGCAGAAUGGCAUAUAGUCAUGUGGUUAAAUAUGGAUCACUUUCAGAUUCAGACAACCUGUGACUUGGCCUUGUAUGCUGACUGAUGAUCAUACUUAUAAAACUAUAAAGGAAGGAAAUGUUUUAUUUAACGACGCACUCAACACAUUUUAUUUACAGUUAUAUGGCUGUAGCAUAGUGCAGAAUGGCAUAUAGUCAUGUGGUUAAAUAUGGAUCACUUUCAGAUUCAGACAACCUGUGACUUGGCCUUGUAUGCUGACUGAUGAUCAUACUUAUAAAACUAUAAAGGAAGGAAAUGUUUUAUUUAACGACGCACUCAACACAUUUUAUUUACAGUUAUAUGGCUGUAGCAUAGUGCAGAAUGGCAUAUAGUCAUGUGGUUAAAUAUGGAUCACUUUCAGAUUCAGACAACCUGUGACUUGGCCUUGUAUGCUGACUGAUGAUCAUACUUAUAAAACUAUAAAGGAAGGAAAUGUUUAUUUAACGACGCACUCAACACAUUUUAUUUACAGUUAUAUGGCUGUAGCAUAGUGCAGAAUGGCAUAUAGUCAUGUGGUUAAAUAUGGAUCACUUUCAGAUUCAGACAACCUGUGACUUGGCCUUGUAUGCUGACUGAUGAUCAUACUUAUAAAACUAUAAAGGAAGGAAAUGUUUUAUUUAACGACGCACUCAACACAUUUUAUUUACAGUUAUAUGGCUGUAGCAUAGUGCAGAAUGGCAUAUAGUCAUGUGGUUAAAUAUGGAUCACUUUCAGAUUCAGACAACCUGUGACUUGGCCUUGUAUGCUGACUGAUGAUCAUACUUAUAAAACUAUAAAGGAAGGAAAUGUUUUAUUUAACGACGCACUCAACACAUUUUAUUUACAGUUAUAUGGCUGUAGCAUAGUGCAGAAUGGCAUAUAGUCAUGUGGUUAAAUAUGGAUCACUUUCAGAUUCAGACAACCUGUGACUUGGCCUUGUAUGCUGACUGAUGAUCAUACUUAUAAAACUAUAAAGGAAGGAAAUGUUUUAUUUAACGACGCACUCAACACAUUUUAUUUACAGUUAUAUGGCUGUAGCAUAGUGCAGAAUGGCAUAUAGUCAUGUGGUUAAAUAUGGAUCACUUUCAGAUUCAGACAACCUGUGACUUGGCCUUGUAUGCUGACUGAUGAUCAUACUUAUAAAACUAUAAAGGAAGGAAAUGUUUUAUUUAACGACGCACUCAACACAUUUUAUUUACAGUUAUAUGGCUGUAGCAUAGUGCAGAAUGGCAUAUAGUCAUGUGGUUAAAUAUGGAUCACUUUCAGAUUCAGACAACCUGUGACUUGGCCUUGUAUGCUGACUGAUGAUCAUACUUAUAAAACUAUAAAGGAAGGAAAUGUUUUAUUUAACGACGCACUCAACACAUUUUAUUUACAGUUAUAUGGCUGUAGCAUAGUGCAGAAUGGCAUAUAGUCAUGUGGUUAAAUAUGGAUCACUUUCAGAUUCAGACAACCUGUGACUUGGCCUUGUAUGCUGACUGAUGAUCAUACUUAUAAAACUAUAAAGGAAGGAAAUGUUUUAUUUAACGACGCACUCAACACAUUUUAUUUACAGUUAUAUGGCUGUAGCAUAGUGCAGAAUGGCAUAUAGUCAUGUGGUUAAAUAUGGAUCACUUUCAGAUUCAGACAACCUGUGACUUGGCCUUGUAUGCUGACUGAUGAUCAUACUUAUAAAACUAUAAAGGAAGGAAAUGUUUUAUUUAACGACGCACUCAACACAUUUUAUUUACAGUUAUAUGGCUGUAGCAUAGUGCAGAAUGGCAUAUAGUCAUGUGGUUAAAUAUGGAUCACUUUCAGAUUCAGACAACCUGUGACUUGGCCUUGUAUGCUGACUGAUGAUCAUACUUAUAAAACUAUAAAGGAAGGAAAUGUUUUAUUUAACGACGCACUCAACACAUUUUAUUUACAGUUAUAUGGCUGUAGCAUAGUGCAGAAUGGCAUAUAGUCAUGUGGUUAAAUAUGGAUCACUUUCAGAUUCAGACAACCUGUGACUUGGCCUUGUAUGCUGACUGAUGAUCAUACUUAUAAAACUAUAAAGGAAGGAAAUGUUUUAUUUAACGACACACUCAACACAUUUUAUUUACAGUUAUAUGGCUGUAGCAUAGUGCAGAAUGGCAUAUAGUCAUGUGGUUAAAUAUGGAUCACUUUCAGAUUCAGACAACCUGUGACUUGGCCUUGUAUGCUGACUGAUGAUCAUACUUAUAAAACUAUAAAGGAAGGAAAUGUUUUAUUUAACGACACACUCAACACAUUUUAUUUACAGUUAUAUGGCUGUAGCAUAGUGCAGAAUGGCAUAUAGUCAUGUGGUUAAAUAUGGAUCACUUUCAGAUUCAGACAACCUGUGACUUGGCCUUGUAUGCUGACUGAUGAUCAUACUUAUAAAACUAUAAAGGAAGGAAAUGUUUUAUUUAACGACGCACUCAACACAUUUUAUUUACAGUUAUAUGGCUGUA